AAUCAUAAUACACAAACAGGUUAAUCCAACUGUAAUAUCUGAACCGCUCCCUCUGUCCCUCAAUUCCUCUCCACCAUGUCUACAACCAGAAAACCCAUCCUCAUAGCUGGAGCCGGGCCAUCCUCCCUCCUCCUAGCCCAAGCCCUCAACCGAGCCUCAAUCCCCUUCCGCAUAUUCGAACGCGACGCAUCCGUAGCGUUCCGCGCCCAAGGCUACCGACUCCGCCUCUCCUCAGAAGGACUAAGUGCCAUUGAAUCAGUCCUCGGACCGGAGAAAUGGCAAGAGUUCUGGGACACGUGCGGCAGGACGGGAGGCGGAGGGUUUGCACACAUCGAUAGCCAUACUGGGGAAAUCAUCACUCCAGACCCGCCAAAGAAAGAUGAGAAAGAUGACAAUGGAGCCGGGAAUUUGAAUAAUCUUGGGGAGAUUCUGACAUCACGUGAUGGAAGGAUAGUUGGUAUUUCGAGGGGGGAUAUGCGGAGGCUUUUCAUGGCGGGAUGUGAGGAUUCGAUAUUUUGGUCUCAUCAUGUUACGGGUUAUGAGUUGACGGUUUCUGGGGUACGUGCUGUCUUUGCGGAUGGGUCGAGGUCGGAGGAGGGAGAUAUGCUUGUUGGUGGUGAAGGGAUCUAUUCGAAGGUCGCUAAGCAGGUGUCGAAAGGGGCCUUGAAAGUUUAUGAUACUGGAGCGAGGGCGAUUCAUGGGCAGGCUCCGACGGCGGCUUUUAAGGGGCUUGGGGAGGGUGUUUUUAGGAUUACGGAUGAGUCCAAUCCGAAGGGAAAGAUCUUUAUUAUGACGAAUGUUCGGUCUGGUGAUAUGGACAACCCCGACUUAGAAUUCGGCUGGACCCUCGGCGGCGAACCCGGCGUCAUAACAGCCCCAAACGACAACUACUCCAUCAUCGGCGAAACCGCAGCCAACAUCGCCAAAGACCUAACCUCCAACUGGCACCCUCGCUUCAAGCCCCUUUUCGACCAAAUGAACACAUCCGAAGCCGCCUUCUGGAAGAUAACCUGCUCAACUCCUACCGGUGUGCCGGAAUGGGACAACGAGCCAAGAGUGACUGUCAUUGGAGAUGCGGCGCAUUCAAUGACGCCAGCGGGUGGUCUUGGUGCGAAUACGGCUGUGCAGGACUCUGUGCUGCUGGGUAGGCUGCUGGUGGAGGCGGGUGGGUGGAAGGAGGGGGUUACGGAGAUGUAUGAGAGGGAGAUGAGGAUUUAUGGGAGUAGGGCUGUGGAUACGAGUUAUAAUUUGGCGAAGGCUGGGUUUGGGAUUUAUAUUGAUGAGAAUUCGGAGACUGUUUAGGCGGAGAUUGUAGUGGAGGUGGUGGAGUGGCAAGAUACAGAAUCUUUUGAAGGAUUAGCAAGUGUGGGUUUCUUUGCGACCCCGCUCAGUAAAUCGGAUUGAUAUACAGACUUCUCAUAUCACUAUUGUAAUGCAAAUAUUGUGAAGUUUAAUUAUUUUCA